GCCAAGGGAAGGAGCGACAUCCGGGCAUUUUCCAAACCCAGCUGGCUGCCUUCUCCUCUGGGUUUUGGCUCCAGGGGUCCUCUCCCAAGUUUGAAAGCUUUCAAAAUCGCCACCCUUUCGACAGUUUGAAAUAAGGUGCCCUUCCAUGGAGAAGACAGAUCCUGAUAUCUCCCUCUUGUUCCAAUGCCCGUCUCCAGAGGGCAUCCCAGAGGCUCAGGUCCGGGCUGAGCUUUCCCCUCUAUACGACCGGCACUUGCUGCCAGGAGACCAGCUCCAGAUUGAGACCGCUUGGGCGGCACGCUGCCAUCAGAACCCCUGGCUCUUCAACGGGACCAAGUUCCGUCUCCAUUCAGUCCAAUUGGAUGGAGCCAUUUUGACUUUCUGUCUCGGGCUCACCUGCUACAAGGACUUUGUGGGCACCAACCUGGCCGAGAGAGCCAUGCGUCUCCAGGAACUGGGGCAAAAGGACUUUGGGAACAGCCAUGCCUACCUUGCCCAGCCCUUAGGGGUGGGUGCUAUGAUGUACACAGCAGAUGAUAAGUUUGUCUUCUUGCAACGGAGUCAGUGUGUUGCGGAAGCACCGGGAAAGAUUGACAUCCCUGGGGGACAUCCCGAGCCACAGGCUGUGAGGGGACACCCCACCUCAGAGGGACCAAUUAUCCAUCAAGACCUUCAGGGUGAAUUAGUCGUCCAGGAAUUAUUCUCUUCUGUGCUCCGGGAGAUCCAAGAUGAGGUGAACCUCCCGCCACCUUCUCUGAGCAGACCAGUGCUGCUUGGGAUCGCGCGGAAUGAGACCAGUGCAGGCCGAUGCAGUGCAGAGUUCUAUGUCAGGUGCAGCCUGACAUCUGAGCAAGUAAGGCACUAUUAUGCUAUUGGGGGCCCUGAAGCUCAAGAAUCCACCAGCAUUAUCUUUGUCAACAGAGAGGAUGUCCUGACGAUGGAGCAGAAUGGGGAACUGUGGAAAGAACUGUGUCCGUCAGCCAAAGGGGCUGUAAAGCUCUACACGGUGGUCAUGGGCGAGUACCAGUGAGUGCCACAUGGCAAGAGAUUCUCAGCAGGAGAUGAACUACUCUCAGGGACUGUCCAGCUCUCCUUUACAAAGCACUGCCUGCCACAAAAUCACCAGCUGUUCUUUGGCAAAAGGAGGGAGGUUAAGAGGCAUGGAUCAUGGGUUAUUCCUCCACAUAUCUUCCUUGAAAAGGGACAGGUGGAUUCCCACCUUAACUCCCUGGCAGCCCCAUUGCUGGUCCGACUUAUGAUCCAUUUCUCAAUAAAGGGAUUGUGUUUAAAACACACACACACACACACACACACACACACAAAACAGCUCUCAUGGCCGAUGCAAUUAUGGCACGUACUUUAGCUGUCAAUAUGUCUGUAUUUUCUAUUCCUGACCUAAUUAAUAAGUGUGUUUCUGCACCUGGGAAUUUUGACCUGGCGCAUUCUGGGCAUCACCAGUGCAACCAGUGUGUGACCUCUUUGCAAGUUGGAGCUGUAACAAAAUUUUACAGUGUGAACCACUCCUGUUUUGUAUCCCAGCCAGGUGUGCCCUUCUGAGGUUACUCCGUUCCCUCACCUUUCUGCUGGUUUUCAUCUCAAGCACCCUACUCCACCAAGCAUUCAGUCAUAAAUCACAGAUCCUCCUGGGGAAAAAAUAUCUGGAGCUUCAGUUUUCCCUAACUUAGUGCCCUUCAGAUAGGUUACAUUGACAGUUCAUCAUCCCUAGCCAGCAUAACCGUGUCCUUAAAUGUUGAGCCCAAAAGGAAACAUCCCUAAUUUCCAUUGAUAAGUCCACUGUAUCUUACUCCAGUCUUUAGGACUGGAGCACAGCUUUGGUGCAGCUUCGGUUCGCUUUGGAGGGAUGCUAUGAUGCAUGCAUCCCAAUAGUCCGGAAGCCACGCCAAAGCCAUGCUCCAGCCCUAAGAACAUCAGUGUUGGCACAGCCUCAAAGAAGGAGAUUUCACCACUCCAUUGAGGGAAUGUCUUCUUUCUCUUCUUCUUUUUCUGACUUCUUCGUGGGAAGUUCAUUAAAUACAGGGAUAGGGCACAAUUAUUUUACCCUAAUUGGUGGUAGGUUUGGGACCUUACUCUUCCUUUGGAUUUUGGAUUUUGGAUUUUCUCCCCAGCAGAAUAGAUUAAAAUAAAAACAGGUAUGUCAUGGGAUCAUAUAUUUUUAUAUAUUUAUUUUUAAAUUUAAAAAAUUGUUAAGCUUGCUUAA